AUGGGAAGAAAGAUAAGAGUUAGACAGGAAAAUGAGACAACAGAAGAGAUCUUACCUAGCAAAUAUAAAUCUGGAUCUUCAAAGUCUCAAUCAUAUAAAUUACAAGAUCAGGUGAUGAGUUUAGAAGGUCAAUUUGCUGAAGAAUAUGAAGAUGAAAUUGAAGAUGAAGUUACAGAGGUGGAAGAUACUGAUUCACUAGAAUAUUGUGGAGAAACUAUUAAGGAGGUAAUAAACUAUUGGACACCAGAAAUUGUAGAUGAAACAGAUUUGGUAUAUGAACCUAGUGCAUAUAAAAUGUAUCAUAAAUGUAUUGUUGAAUGGAGUUGUUUAUCAUUUGAUAUAAUUCCAGAUGGAUUAGGAAGUAUUCGUAAACAAUUUCCACAUACAUGCUAUGUAGCAGCAGGUACUCAAGCAAAUAGAGAUGAAAAUAAUAGGAUACUUUUGAUGAAAUGGUCUAAGUUACAUAAGACAAAAAGAGAUCGUAAUGAUGAAGAUUCUAUUAGCUCAAGUAGUGAUUCAUGUGAAUCUGAUUUAGAAUAUAUUGAUGAAGAUCCAGUAUUAAAUGUUCAGUCCAUUCCACAUAAGGGGACCAUUAAUAGAAUCCGUGUUUGUCCUCAAUAUCCAUCUUUAUUAUCUACAUGGUCUGAAUUAGGUGUGGUGAACAUGUGGGAUGUUUCAGAUGCUUUAAAUGGAAUAAUAAAUAAUUUUACUAAUUCUGGUGUAACAUUAAAGGUUAAAACAGAAAUAAAACCCAAAUUAACUUAUGAAGGACAUCUAGAUGAAGGCUUUGCUAUGGAUUGGAAUCCAAAUAGCCCUAUAGAAUUUAUUUCGGGUGAUAGAAAAGGUAAAAUAUCUUUAUGGGAACCUACUGAAGAUGGCUCAUGGAAAAUCAGAGAUGUUUAUAGACAAUUUCAAUCAAGUGUAGAAAUACUACAAUGGAUGAAGGAACCAAGUCAUAACACUAUUUUUGCAGCUGGCUUUGUAGAUUCAAAUAUUAAUAUAAUUGAUACCCGUUCUGAUGAUAUAUCUAUUAGUAUUCACAAUGCGCAUAAUGGGGAUAUUAAUACUCUUUCCUGGAAUCCAGGUAAUGAAUAUUUGUUACUAAGUGGCAGUGAUGAUUGUGAUAUAAAAUUAUGGGAUACUAGAACUAAUAAUACAUUAGAAACUUUUAAAUGGCAUAAACAGCCUAUCCUUUCUGUUGAUUGGUUAGAGAUAGAUAGUGAUGUAUUUUUAGCUGCUUCACUUGACAACUCAAUUAGUUUUUGGGAUAUUGGUAUAGAACAGCCAGCAGUAGAUGAUGAAAAAAGUGAUAAUGUAAAUAUUAAUGUCCCUUAUAAAAUAUUAUUUCUACAUAUGGGACAAAAUCACAUUGCAGAAGCUAAGUGGCAUAAACAGAUACCAAAUCUUGUGAUAUCUACAGCACAAGAUUCAUUUAAUAUCUUUAUCCCAGAUAAUCUUUAA